AUGACUACUACUACUACUCAACUGAAGGAAGAGGUUCAAUCCUCUGCUUUGUCCAUUCGGUCCGAAAGCACUCUCUACACGCUUUCCGAUACCAAUUUCCAACCCUCGCGCAUCUUAACUGUAAAUGCACGGGGCAUCGGUGCAAUUCGUUUGCCCAUACCACCCCGACAAACCGAGAUCUUUAUAUACAAUCCCGAUGCCACAGAGGCGUACGUUUCCACCCGCGACAAAAUCUGCUCGGGCAAUGCAGUCCUGUCCCACCCCAAACGCGGGGAUCUCAUCCGGACCGAAUACUUCUUCGGACCGAACCGAGAUCCCGUGCUGCAGUUGCUGCAAGCCGAGUCUGCCGAUGUGACCGUUUCUGGGAAAUGGACAUCACGGACUAUGCAGUUUGUGAUGCCGGGAGGAAGACGAUUUGAAUGGGAAUAUGCGAAAGAGAAGAGGGCGGACGGACAGAAAGUGAGACUGAUUGUUUUCCGCGCCGUCGAGGCGGAGAAGACACCGAGGAGAAUUGCGCAGCUGGUCCGCGGGGACGAUACUCGCACUCCGGGGACGUCGAAGUGCACCGCCGGGAAUGGAGGGGAGUUGCAGAUUGAUGAGGCGGCCUUGCAGGAUCAUGAUUUAGAUGAAGCAGUCAUUGUGGCGACUUGCUUGGUGAUGUUGAAGAGGGAAAUGGACCGUCGAAGGAUGUUGCAAUUCGCAAUGAUUGCCGGAGUAGUUGGUAACUGA